AUGGGAGCUGCAGCUGAACGCUGUAAACAAAGGCAAGUCCUGAUUCUUUCUCUCUUGCUGGGAAUGGCUCUAGCAGGCUGGGAAUCCCGUCGUUAUUCCGUGAUGGAGGAAAUGGAGAGUGGGUCCUUUGUGGCCAAUCUUGCAGAGAACCUGGGGAUGGGAGUGGGGGAGCUGGCUGCAAGGGGAGCCCAGGUAGUCUCUGAGGAUAAUAAACCCCACUUGCAGCUUGAUCUGCAGACUGGAGAGUUGUUAUUAAAUGAGAAACUAGACCGGGAAGAAAUGUGCGGCUUCAGUGACCCAUGCGUAAUGCAUUUCCAAGUGUUACUGAAAAGACCAUUAAGAGUAUUUCGAGCUGAGCUACUGGUGAAAGACAUAAAUGAUCAUUCUCCCGAGUUUUCUGAACAAAAAAUGACACUGAAAAUCCCAGAAAACAGACCUCCCGGGACAGUCUUUUCUCUGAAUAAAGCCCAAGACUUGGAUGUGGGCAACAAUAACAUUCAAAACUACAUCAUCAGUCCCAACUCUCAUUUCCAUAUUUCUACCCGCAACAGAGGAGAUGGUAGUAAAUACCCUGAGCUGGUGCUGGACAAAGAGCUAGAUCGGGAGCAGCAGGAGGAGCUCAGACUAACCCUCACAGCUCUGGAUGGAGGCUCUCCACCCAGAUCUGGCACUGCCCAAAUUCUAAUUGUGGUCUUAGAUGUCAAUGACAACGUUCCUGACUUUGCACAGAAGCUUUACCAGGUGCAGAUUCCAGAGAACAGCCCUGUGGGUUCUCUAGUUGUCAAGGUCUCUGCUAGGGAUUUAGACACUGGGACAAAUGGAGAAAUAUCAUAUUCCCUUUCUUAUAGUUCUCAGGAUACAAGCACAACUUUUGAGUUAAACAGGAUUUCAGGAGAAGUUCGCUUACGGAAAAAACUUGAUUUUGAGGCAAUACCCUCAUAUGAACUAGAUAUUGAUGCUUCUGAUGGUGGAGGACUUUCUGGAAAAUGCUCUAUCUCCAUUGAGGUGUUGGAUGUUAAUGAUAAUGCCCCAGAACUAACUGUCUCAUCAUUUAGCAACCCCAUUCCUGAAAAUGCUCCUGAAAUAGAAGUUGCCCUCUUUAGGAUUCGAGAUCGAGACUCGGGAGACAAUGGAAGGAUGAUUUGUUUCAUCCAGGAAGAUGUUCCGUUCACAUUGAAACCAUCUGUUGAAAAUUUCUACAAGUUGGUCACAGAAGACGCGCUAGACAGAGAGAGCCAGGCAGAGUACAACAUCACCAUCACGGUGACAGACAUGGGAACCCCCAGGCUGCAAACACAACACACUAUCACAGUACUGGUGUCCGACGUGAAUGACAACGCCCCCGCCUUCAGCCAGCCCUCCUACACCCUGCUGGUGGGCGAGAACAACAGCCCCGCACUGCACAUAGGCAGCGUGAGCGCCAGUGAUCCCGACGCGGGCAGCAACGCCCAGGUGACCUACUCGCUGCUGCCUUCCCAAGACCCACAGCUGCCACUCGCCUCGCUGGUGUCCAUCAACGCCGACAACGGGCAGCUGUUCGCGCUGCGCUCGCUGGACUUCGAGGCCGUGCGCGCCUUCGAGUUCGGCGUGGGCGCGUGGGACCGCGGCUCGCCCGCGCUCAGCAGCCAGGCGCGGGUGCGCGUGCUGGUGCUGGACCGCAAUGACAACGCGCCCUUCGUGCUGUACCCGCUGCAGAAUGCGUCGGCGCCCUGCAGCGAGCUGGUGCCCAGGGCGGCAGAGGCGGGCUACCUGGUGACCAAGGUGAUGGCGGUGGACAGCGACUCGGGCCAGAACGCCUGGCUGUCUUUCCAGCUGCUCAAGGCCACGGAGCCCGGGCUCUUCAGCGUGUGGGCGCACAAUGGCGAGGUGCGCACUGCGCGGCCGCUCAGCGAGCGCGACGCGCCCAAGCACAGGCUGCUGGUGCUGGUCAGGGACAAUGGCGAGCCGCCACUGUCAGCCAGCGUCACGCUGCACGUGCUGCUGGUGGACGGCUUCUCGCAGCCCUUCCUGCCGCUGCCCGACGCGCCGCCCGACGCGCCUCCCGAUGACCGCCUCACCGUCUACCUGGUGGUGGCCUUGGCCUGCGUGUCGUCGCUCUUCCUCUUCUCCGUACUGGUCUUCGUGGUGGUGCGCCUGUGCCGGCGGGCCGGCCCGCCUGCGGGGGUUCCCUACCCGCUGCCCGACGCGCAUUUCCCAAGACACCUGCUGGACGUCAGUGGCACUGGGACCCUGUCGCACAGUUACCAGUAUGAGGUGUGUCUGGCGGCGGGCGCUGGCACUAAUGAGUUCAAGUUCCUCAAGCCUAUCUUGCCAGAUUUCCAGAAUCACGUUACUGGGAACAAUAGUGAGGAAACCCCCACUCUCCGCAAUAGCUUUGGAUUUAAUUAGUAAAAGAAACAUCUCUUUAAAGGUAUUUACUUCCUUCAUAAAUUCUUAUUGGGGUCAAGUUUCUUCAACCUGU